AUGGCCAAACUCGGCGAAAGCAGCAGAGAAGCGUCAUGCUAAGAUUGAACGGUGAUAGGACGUGAAAUAUUUUAUCGGCAUUCCAAGCUACUAACUUACUGCCAUGUUGUUUAAUAUCAGGAAGGAUAAGAACGGUCGCGACACCAUGCUGAAGUUGUGGGAUGCUGACACUGGGAAAGAGAUGAGGAGCCUUGGUGGUCAUACUGGCUCUGUAACUUCUGUUUUCCUUCUGCCCAAAAGGGAUAUGGCAUCAUGCGAUGUGUCUUCCGGUUUUCGACCUGAUCAGUACUCGGUUAUCACGGGCUCAAAAGAUUGCUCCAUGAAAAUCUGGUCUCUCUCUAACGGUCAGAUACAACGAUCCAUGUACGCCUUUUCACCUGUUGAAUGCCUCGACUGUCGCCGUAAUCUAACUGCGGCUGGACUAGAUGGUGGUAAGGUUGAGCUGUGGGACCUUGAGACCGGAAAUUGCGUGAGAUCUGUGCGUGGUCAUGAUGAAGAUGCGGUCACGGCCAUUAAGUUCCAGGACGACCGAGUGAUCAGUGGCUCGGCCAGAGGAGUGGUGAAGGUUUGGGACGUGAGGGACAAUUCUCUCAAGCCUGUAAUGAGCUCGGACCAGGCUCCUGUGGACCAAACUACCGCGGGUGUGACUGUCAAACCAAGGAGGUUACGUUGCUUGGCAACAACGGAGGAAACAGUAUACUGGGGAGAUGAUGGAGUUAACAUGAAGGCGAUGGACUUAAAAUCGGGCAAACUCCGAAAGAUUCGUAAUCACACGACAGAAUUCGGGUCGACAGGUGCCAUGGAAACGACAGGUUCGUGUCUUGUUAGCGCUGGUUACGACCUGGACCAUGGCAAUGGAUACUUGAAUGUUCGCCGUUUACCAUCAGAGGAAUAUGUAGCAACCGUAGACGACAAAAACACAGGAAGCAUCACGUGCCUAUCAUGCACGCAGACAACACGUGAUCAGGUGACCCUUCACAGGAUGUGUACGGGAGGACUGGAGCUGAAACUCUGGGAUCAGUUACCGAUUUCAAAGGUCAAGAAACGAUCAAGACCGGAAACAGGGGACGGCUACGUCACAGCUAAGCACAUCCGUCGCUUCAGUCUCCCGGAUAUAACUGACACGGAGAGUAGCGAGGAUGAGGAUGACAUAUCACAAGGUGACGAGUCAGAUGACGAUGAUGAUGUCAGCACGACCGGAAGUACGUCACGAUCUUGGUGCACAAUAUCCUAAAGGACUAAGCUGGAGUACCAGUCAUCAAAUGUCCAUAUGUACUCUGCACUUGCAAACGAGUCCAGCCAACUAAGGAGUCCUUCACUCAAAGGAAAUGGAUAUGUCAGUUGGAUGAAUCAAGAUAAUCUUGUAAUCGUCGAGGGGCGGUUUUGAUCCAAAAAUGUCUCUCAAGGCUCUACAUUGCGUGGCAUUAGGAUAUGGAGUGAUAAUGGGAAAAUUGUAAAGAAUGAUAGAACAUGGAAGAACGGUUUUCAAUAUGCAAAAUGGCUCGGUUUUUACACAUAUUUCUAUUCCUGUUAACCAUGGUUUUUUAACACAAACAAUAGAAGUUACAGUCGUACCAUUGUUGUGGAAGCUAUUCAUCAUGCGAUGGCCCUAAUAAUUUUAUUCGCUGUCUUUUUGGACAGACAAAUGUUAUAAACACCAAUUUUAUUUUAUUGAGUGUGUCUGUCUUGUUAAACUAUUUUAACUUGAAUUAUAAACUAAUUAGGAACUGUAAACCAAAACUAGAAUGUUCCCGUCUAAUUGCAAUAACUUCGUCAGAGAAAAAAGCAAACAAGACAAGAAAAACAGAUAAGAGGGAAAAGCAAAAUAAGAAUUUAUUAGCACAUCAAACUACCUUCUGGGUAGUGUCGAACCUGUAUUAUACCAGGUCACCGUAUUUAGCGGUCAACUUGUAUUAAGCGGUCGGCUGUCAAAGUCCCAAAUUGGUUUCUCCCAAAUCACAUCUCUUACUUAAAGCGGUGGCAAUUUAUUGUAUUAUUGUAUUGGCAGUCACCUUUGAGUUAGUCCCGAGGGACUGUUUCGAUGGUACGACACCCGUAUAGAACGAUCACUUAUAUUUAGUGGGGAACCACUCAAAUAGAACUCGGAAUAAUAUUCCAAGUUAAGAUGACCAACAGAAGGGAGUUCAUGGAAAUACACUAAAGUGCGUCAAGCUGUACUACUUUGGACCAAAUGCGCCCUUACUCUCACGUGAACCAAUCUAAUAUGCCAGUUAGGCCAGCAAACUUACAAAAUCAAACAAGCUUUGCUUAAAACUGCUAGUUAGGCU